AUUUGUCUAUGCCUAUGUAAUCUCUCUUCUAACUGUUUUUACUUCUAUGCGACAAAGCUCAAUGAGUUGGAUGUGAGAGAGACGUGGCUAUAGUUGGCUUUGAAUGUCAAAUUAAUAGACUUUUUUCAUUUAUUUCCCCAUAAAGACCAGAAUCCAUUAACCAGGAAGACGGGUACUCAAAACUUCAAAUUCAUUUAAGGAAGAAAGCGAUGUGAGGGAAGAUUUUUCAGCAUUCUCCACUGUAAGCUGGUGCAUCCAGCAUUGGAGGAGAUGAAAUUGAUCCUACUAUUCUCCGUUUCACUCUGGAUGUGUUCCUCUUUCAGCAAUUCACUAAGGACCAGCUUUCAAAAUCGCACUUCCUACUUCCAAGUGGGAGUGAUUCUUGAUUUGAAGUCAGAAGUUGGAAGCAUGGGCCUAAGCUGCAUGUCCAUGGCCCUCUCUGAUUUCUAUUCUGUUCACAGUAACUACUCGACGAGGCUGUCUCUUCAUGUUAGGGACUCUCAAGGACAAGUCAUUGAAGCAGCUGCUGCUGGUCUGUAUUUGUUGAAAGAUGUCAAGGUAGAUGCAAUCUUAGGUCCUGAGACAUCUGCAGAAGCCAACUUUCUGAUGGAUCUUGGAGACCGAGCUCAGGUCCCCAUAAUUUCUUUUUCUGUAACAAGUCCUUCUCUUCAUACUCGAACUCCUUACUUUGUUCAAGCCGCCCAAGGUGAUGACACUCAAGUUGGUGCAAUUGCUGCCAUAGUUAAAGCCUUCCAGUGGAGUCAGGUUGUUAUCAUCUAUGAAGACUCAGAAUAUGGCAGUGGCAUUGUCCCGUACUUAUCUAACGCAUGCCAAGACGUGAAUGCUCACAUUUCAUAUAGAAGUGUAUUUCCUGUUUCAGCAAGUGAUGACUUUGUACUCAAAGAGCUAUACAAGAUGAUGACUUUACAGACGAGGGUAUUUGUGGUCCAUAUGUCAAAUAAUCUUGGUGCCCGGCUUUUUCUGAAAGCCAACGAAAUAGGAAUGAUGGAAAAGGGUUAUGCAUGGAUCAUCACCAGUGGACUAACGGAUUUAGUCUACUUGAUGGAUUCUGAUGUUGCUGAAGCAAUGCAAGGGGUAUUAGGUGUGAAACCUCUUAUACCAAAAUCUAAACAGCUCAACUCUUUCGCCCAUAGGUUGAAGAAAAAGUCCCUAGAUAAAAGUGCUGGCAUCGCACGAGCAGAUUUGAGCAUUUUUGGCUUGUCGGCAUACGAUACAUUGUGGGCGCUGGCUAUGGCUGCAGAAAGAGUUGGAUUAAAAGAGCCACCAAAGGCUUUAGAGAAUUCAAGUGUUAAUCUCAGUGUCUCAGACCUUUUCAAUUUUAAGACAUCACAAGUCGGUCCACAACUUCUAAAAGCAAUGUCAGAGACCAAAUUUGAGGGGCUUACAGGGAAGUUCCACCUUGUAGAUGGCAAGAUGGAGUCAUCAUCCUAUCAGAUAAUUAAUGUGGUUGGGAACGGACAGAAGGAGGUCGGAGUAUGGAUUCCAUCUCUUGGAAUAAGAAGGGAACUGAACAUGAACAUCACAACUCAUCAUACACGCUCAAGGGAAUAUAUCGGGCGUAUCAUAUGGCCUGGUGAUUCAACAGUUGUGCCCAAGGGCUGGGAAGUUCCAAUGUCUGGUAAAAAACUAAGAAUCGGGGUGCCAGUGAAAGCUGGUUUUGUGGAUUUCGUGAGAGUAACAAGCGACGGUCAGGCUAAUGCCCGCAUAAUCAGCGGAUUCUACAUAGACGUGUUCAAAUCUGUCAUGGAAGCGUUGCCAUAUGCUGUGCCGUAUGAGCUUGUUCCCUUCGAAAAUCCUGAUGGCUCUAGUGCAGGAACUUAUAAUGAUCUUAUUUACCAGGUGUUUCUUCGGAACUAUGAUGCUGCAAUUGGUGAUAUAACUAUCACAGCGAACAGAUCAAAAUACGUGGACUUCACGUUGCCAUUUGCAGAAGGAGGAGUUCUUAGCAUCGUACCAAUCAUGUACGAAGAUGUAAAUGAUAUAUGGGCUUUCCUAAGGCCCCUAAAGAAAGAACUCUGGUUGACAAGUAUAGCAUUUUUUUUCCUUACGGGUCUGACGGUCUGGAUACUUGAGCAUAGGGUAAGCUCUGCCUUUCGAGGACCUCCUUCUCAACAUGUUGGCAUGAUCUUCUACUUUCCCUUCUCAACGCUAGUAUUUGCACACCGAGAAAAAAUAGUGAACAACUUAGCUCGACUGGUUGUAGUAGUAUGGAUGUUCGUCUUACUAAUCCUGAGCUCCACUUACACUGCAAGCUUAUCAUCAAGACUAACCGUACCAAAGCUUCAACCAUCAAUCACAGAUGUCAGAGAGCUCAUCAAGAAUAGAGAUUUUGUUGGCUGCCAAGAAGGCUCAUUCAUAGUGGACUUCUUGAAAAAACAAGGAUUUGAGGGCUCCAGGAUCAGGACAUUCACUUCCCCAGAUGACUGUGAUGCAGCCUUGUCUAGAGGAAGUAAAAAUGGUGGCAUAUCAGCAUUCUAUGAUGUCAUUCCCUACUCCAAGCUCUUCCUAUCCAAACAUUGCGACAAAUACAUAACAGUCGGGCCCACCCAUCGCACGGAUGGCUUUGCCUUUGCUUUCCCUAAAGGAUCUCCUUUAGUUGCUGAUGUGUCUCGUGCAGUCAUAGAACUAACAGAGAAUGGGAAGAUACUGGCAAUGGAGCAAAAUUGGUUGAGGAAUGAACCAAACUGUGCAGGACCAGAUGACAGUAUGAACUCAAUCACGAUCUCGUUCCAAAGUUUCAAAGGCCUUUUUGCCAUUACUGGAGGAGUUACAGCAGUAUGCCUCCUCAUUUUCAUAGCCAGCUACCUCUACAAGUAUAGAGAUUUCCACCGCAGUAUCUCGAAUUCACGAAUCACAAUUUGGUCAAAAGUUGUUGCAAUUUGCAGACACUUUGAUCAGAGAUCUCUCUCAUCUAGACAACCACAAGAUAAACUUCCAGAAGCUGGAACUAUUCAAAAUAGUUCUUCAGAAAAUUCUGUUCAACCAACAGAUUUGCCAAGAAAUCAUUCUAAUUCCAAUUUAGUAGUGUCAACUGCACCAGAAGAGUUACACGAUGCCAGUGCAACGAUUCAUCAUUCGAAUUUGGAAGACAUGUCUGCUGCACAACACUCAGGAGUAAUCCAUCCUUCUGCCUAACUGAGUUGAAGAUACUUUUCAGGGCGAUUUUCGUUUUCUUUUUGGCCUUCUUGGACUGUGAAGUUUCUCCAGUACAUAUUACCAACUAAUUGUGCAGUUCUUUCAUUUCUAACUUGUUAAACUUUUCCA